GCACUUGCUGAUAAGCAAACACAACACGGUAGUAGCCGGUAUAAGAUUGACGGCUUAGUGAGUUAGUCAGUCAGUUGUAGUUUUUAUCGAGUGAGUGGAGGUGGCCCUAAGCAAUAUGUUGCGCUCAUUUGUUAAGGCUGGCGUUAGCCAGAUUCAGAAAUCGUGCAUGGCAACAGCAGCAGCCAUUCCAGCACCAAAUACAAACCCUGAAGUUCUCUACACUGGAAUUUUCAUAAACAAUGAAUGGCACAAGUCCUCUUCAUCCAAAACUUUCAAGACAAUUAAUCCAGCCACAGAAGAAGUGAUUGCAGAGAUACAAGAAGGUGAUAAGGCUGAUGUUGACAAGGCAGUGAAAGCAGCUCAGGAUGCCUUUAGAUUUGGAAGUGCUUGGCGAACCAUUAAUGCAAGUGAAAGAGGCUUACUGCUCAACCGGCUAGCUGAUCUCAUUGAAAGAGACAGGCAAUACCUGGCUAGCUUAGAGACGUUGGAUAAUGGGAAGCCAUACACAGCAUCAUAUGCUGCAGACUUAGAUCUGAGUGUAAAAACUCUGCGGUACUAUGCUGGUUGGGCAGACAAAAUUCAUGGUAAAACUGUACCUUAUGAUGGCGAUUAUUUUACAUAUACUCGACAUGAACCUGUGGGUGUAUGCGGUCAGAUAGUUCCGUGGAAUUUUCCUCUUCUAAUGGUGGCAUGGAAACUUGGUCCAGCACUUGCUGCGGGUAACACUUUGGUGCUGAAACCAGCUGAACAGACACCUCUAACUGCACUAUAUGUAGCACAGCUUGUAAAGGAAGCAGGUUUUCCACCAGGUGUUGUCAAUGUUGUACCUGGUGAUGGAAAAACUGGCUCAUUCAUUGCAGAACACAUGGAUGUGGACAAAGUGGCCUUCACGGGUUCUACUGAGGUUGGGAAGUUAAUAAAGCAAGCUGCUGGUCGUACAAACCUGAAGCGAGUAACACUUGAACUAGGUGGAAAGUCACCAAAUAUUAUUUUUGGUGAUGCAGAUUUGGAAUACGCUGUUGAGCAAGCACAUUUUGGACUGUUUUUCAAUAUGGGACAAUGUUGCUGUGCUGGCUCCAGAACUUUCAUUGAAGAUUCCAUAUAUGACAAGUUUGUGGAGAUGAGUGCAGAGAGGGCAAAGAAGCGUGCCACAGGAAAUCCAUUUGAUAUGUCUGUUGAAUCAGGACCACUGAUUGACAGUGACCAGUUCAAUAAAGUUCUUGGCCUUAUAAAGAAAGGUCAGAGUGAGGGAGCAAAAAUGUUAGCCGGAGGUGGACGUCUGGGAGACAAAGGGUACUUUGUGCAGCCUACAGUAUUUGCUGAUGUUAAAGACAACAUGACUAUUGCAAAGGAAGAGAUUUUUGGCCCAGUUCAGCAACUAAUUAGAUUCAAGAAAUUAGAUGAGCUGAUUGAGAGAGCAAAUAAGACUGACUAUGGUUUGGCUGCUGCCAUUUUCACGAAAGACAUUGAUAAAGCAAAUUACCUGCUUCAAGGAAUCAGGGCAGGAACUGUGUGGGUGAAUUGCUACAAUAUUCUGAAUGUACAAGCUCCAUUUGGAGGAUUCAAGAUGUCUGGUAAUGGACGUGAAUUGGGAGAAUAUGGUUUAGAAGCAUACAGUGAAGUGAAGACUGUAAUUGUGAAAAUACCUCAGAAGAAUAACUAAAUUUCUUUAACAGAAAUGUCUCAACUCGCAUAAUUACAAAAUAGUUAUGCUAAGUUCUGAUUGUCAGCAUCCACUACUCUUUUUUUUUUAUGAGUAUUAUGUCUUCCACAAGUAAUGCAUCCUCAUACGUCGAUAUUGAUACAUAUUAUUGUCACGUAAUUUUUUUAUACUGCGUAACAAUAUUGAUGGAAACCAGUUUUGAUUUGCUUAUUGAGCAAUGAAACUUCUACAACUGAGUGUGAUUACAUAGUUUUAUUAAUAUGAGACUGUUUAUUGUAAUACUAGAAUUAAUUUUGUACAGCUUCUAUGUUUCUAUCAGAAUACUUAUUUUUGUAUUCCUUUAAAUAAAGUGCCUCUCUCCAGUUUGAA